UUAGAUGUCAAAGAACUUGAAGUGGAUUUAAUGUUUGGGUAGUUUGCCUCCAUCGUAGUUUGUCAUUGGCUUUGACACUGUGUCAAACUAUGAUAACAUGAAUGGAUAUAAUGUAACAGAUUGCCUUUGAAAUGAUUUAAAGCAGGCAAAAUACUUGGGAUACUCUUGGGAGGAUAAGACACAGCUGUCUUCCACCACCUUGGCUCUAGUUGUGUCACUGAUGCAGCUAGAAUGGUGGCGUGGCAUCGGCAGGGCAGGGUCAGUUUUAUCUAGCUUUAACUGUGACAAUGUCAAAGUUUAUAACACUUGGCAGUGGAAAGAGCCUUAAUACACGAAUUCCCAGAAAUCCCAAGUAUCAGCAUGUCAAAACAAAGCUGGACACAGGAGCCAGUAUGUCAAAGCAUCUUGAGAAAAUGGAGGAAACAAACAAAUAUUACAAGUACCGCAAAGAUGAACUUUUCAAAAGGCUGAAGGUGACAACUUUCGCACAGCUGAUUCUUAACGUUGCUGCUUUAUCAGAUCUGAAUGAAGACGGUGGUAAAGAAGAAAAUCAGCCUGAGCCUCCUAUAGCUCCAGAGCAGCCUUUAGAGACAACGAAUGACUCGCCGAAACCGACGGGGGAAACCACUACCAGAUCAACUAUGUUAAGUGUUAUAACCGGUGUGGGAGAGAUGUGUGUUCAUCCAAAGCCCAAACCAAGUUUGUCCAGCAGCGAUGUAACUGAUAUACCUCCCCCUGACUGCCCCUACCUUCUUCUGGACGUGCGGGAACGAGAUCAGUAUGACCUCUGCCAUCUCAUCGGAGCACACAAUCUUCCUGGAACGUGGAUGUCGCGGACGUUGAUUCCUUACCCCAGGAAUGUGCUGGACUAUAAAAAUGUGAGUGGUAGAAUCAUUAUUGUUUACGACGAAGAUGAAACAGCGGCCAACAAGGUGGCCACUUACAUGAGCGAAAAAGGCUUUGAAAAUUUGUUUUUGUUGUCCGGAGGUCUUAAAGUUGUUGCUCUCAAGUUUCCUGAAGGUAUGACGACAGGCACCAUCCCAAAAUCCUGCUUUUCUCCGCCUACAAGGAGGAAGAGACAGCACCUGUGGCAGGGAGAGACAUUGCAGAUGGCAGAGGAGCGUUGGUGGUUCACGGAACACGAGUUGAGCCGAAUCAAGGAGCAGCUCGAGAAGCUCAUUCCCAGCAACCCCAACAGUCGCAUGUCCAGCCGGAUGUCAACCGUCAGCAGUCAGUCUGACAUCUGCAGUGCCAGCAGUCGUUUGGGCUCCUCUUGUGGGAGCUCCAGGGUCCAAAGCAGCCGACCCUGGAGGUAGACCAGUUCAGCUCCGGGCUGACCGGUGUCUUCGCUUCUGCCUAUAUUUAACAUGCCUCACCUGUGAACCUUGAAAUGAAAAAGCCUUUUGCACAUGAUUGAUUGUGACGAUUCAAGUCACUUUGGUUGUCUGUUGCCUUUAAUCAAAUGUGUUUUCUAGACAGAAGUGAUUGUCGAUUAGUGGAAGUCAGUCGUUACACUUGACUUCAUGAGUGACAUUGUGUUGUUGUUUCCCCAACAGUAGUGAGUUACAGCCUUUUAAUCAGUGUUCUGACCUCGCUGUCAUUUUAUUCAAUGCUGCACACCAGCUUUCACCUGGCAUUGAUUGUUUGUGACUAGUUUAUGUCCUUUUGUGAGGUGGAGUUGCCGUGUUAAGUGACUUCCAGAACACAGUGAAUUGUGAAUUUCAUUUUAAUAAAGCCUGAAACUCUCA